AUGUCUGGAGGAAUCUUCUGCCCUUUGGAGAACCUAUAUGACCCAGACAGUGCCAACUGCCACCCCUUGGUAUGCCACUUGUGCCAUGAGCAGUACGAACACCCCUGUCUACUGGAUUGUUACCACACAUUCUGCGCCAGUUGUCUGCGUGGCAGGGCAGUGGAAGGCAGACUCUCCUGCCCCCUCUGUGGACAACAGUCCAUUGUCAAAGGCCUAAGUGCCUUACCCCAGGAGGACCGCCUGCUCAAAUUCCUGGUGGAUAACUCUACUGACUGUGAGGAGACUGUUCAGUGUUCCAACUGUGAUCUGGAGUGCAAGAAGCAGGAUGUGGAAGCAAUGUACUAUUGCAACACUUGUAGCCAGCCGUUGUGUGGAGCUUGCAGGGAAUCAACCCACAAGGCCAAAAUGUUUGCCCGCCAUGAUAUUGUCUCCCUUGCCAAACGCACAAAGGAGGUCCACAAAAAGUGUGCCCUCCAUGACGAGCUAUACAUUAUGUUCUCCACAGAGAAGAAGUCCAUGCUGUGUAUCAACUGUUUCAGAGACAUGCAAGUGGAGAGCAGAGCACACUGCAUUGAUAUUGAGACAGCAUAUAUGCAAGGCUGUGAAAGGCUGGACCAAGCUGUAAUAGCGGUAAAAGAGCUCCAGACGUCUGCCAGGGAAGCCAUCAUCCUGCUGAAGGCGAUGAUCAGGGAGGUUCGAGAGAACGUGGAUGAGGAGGAGAGCGCUAUCAGCACACUGUUCAACAACAUGCAGGAAAAACUGGCAGAAAGAAAAAAGAUUCUCCUGAAAGCAGCUCAAAGUCAGCAUGAGGAGAAAGAGAGAGCCUUCAAAGAGCAGCUGUCUCAUCUGGCCGCACUCUUACCCACUCUCCAGGUUCAUCUGGUCACUUGCUCAGCCUUUCUAAGUUCAGCCAACAAGUUUGAGUUUCUUGACAUGGGUUAUCAACUGAUGGAGAGACUGAAGAAGAUUGUCAAACUUCCACACAGACUGAGACCAGCUCAGAGUAGCAAGAUCAACACCGAGUAUCGGUCCGAGUUUGCUCGUUGCCUUGAGUCUCUGUUACUGCUGGGCCAAAGACGCUCUGUGUCCAUUGCUGGGAGUGUGACUGGAUUGAGUUUGGGCAAUGCCAGUGGACUCCUACAAUCGUCCCUGUCCUGCCACUCCCCAGCCAUCAGUGACAUGUCCCUGGGCUCGUCCGUGGUGAGGAAGCCCACCCCCCACCGCUAUUUCAGCACCAAGGUCCUCCUGGCUGAGGGGGGAGAGACCCCCUUCACCGAGCACUGUCGCAACUAUGAGACCAGCUACAGGACGCUGCAGAUGUCCAUUCAGCAGCUGAAGGACCAGGUGCAGGAGACCCACAGGGAUCUGACCAAGCACCACUCCCUCAUCAAGACAGACACCAUGGGAGACAUCCUGGAUACCUCCGUGCAGAUGGACAGACAGAUCUCCUCUGAGUACUCUGCAGUGGAACUCAUGAGGGCCAUGUUUGAGGAGGUCUGGGAGACAACCUUUCAGAGGGUUGCAAAUGAACAGGAAAUCUAUGAAGCCCAGCUUCAUGAUCUGACCCAGCUAAGGCAAGAGAACAGUUAUCUGACCACCAUUGCCAGGCAAAUUGGCCCGUAUAUCCGAUCCAUCGCCAAGGUGAAGGAACGCCUUGAACCCAGACUGAAAGAGCCUAAGGAGCUGAAAGACGACCGUACAGAGGCCAUGCUGAAGAUCUAUGAGGACACCACUGCAGUCAAAGAUACUAAACAAACCAUUUCAACAACACUGACAAAUGACCUGACCUGUCAGCCUACCACAGAUGACAACCACACUCUCAGCAACCUCUCUGAUGAGGCUGCCCUCAAGAAUAAUUUCUACUGGCCAGGGAAGCAGAAGACCACAGAGAUAACCAUUUGGAAUGAGUUGUCUCCCUAAACAACUGUAUAGGGGCAUGGGACUUCACCAACAAAGUGCUCACCCUUGACUUACUGUAAAUUAUAUUGAAUAUAAAAUCCAAUAUUUUCACAUUGUGUGUAACAAGGUGUAAUGUAUGCUAUGGUAACACCGUCACUGUGUUCAGGUUGGCUUCUUGUAGUAAUUUAAGCAUGCAUCCAUUAUCCAUAUUAGGACUACAUUGGCAACAACAUGAAAGACAACCUAAUGAGGAAGACAAUUUUCUUAGGAU